AAAGAAUGUGACUCUAUUUUGGACAUCAGGAAGAAGGGAAGCGAUGCGAUAAAAGCACUGGUUGGCGGAGAUGCGCGGUUGAACAAGAAGGUUUGUGAUGAAUCUGGCACUGAAAAAAUUACUGAUUUGGCUAACAGAUGUCCAUCUACGGCUUCUGGCGGAUUGUUGAAAGGAACAGGACGGUUGGGAAGGGGAGGUUCUCUUUCCACUAAAAUAAGGAGAGAUGUCAGGACUUUAGGAAGGAGGUCUAAUGGAAAUCCGAAGUCAGUAUCAGUCUCGAAAACGAAGGUCCCAAAAAGAACUCGAGGAAGUUUGUGUGUGGGAAGACUGGGAGCCAACAAGUCACAGGACUGUGACACAGUAAAACUCUCGCGGAUUAGUGAGUUUGUUCAACCGCUGUCUUUAAAGGGGAAGCAGAAAGCUAAAGCAAGUUUUUCAUUGUAUGCAUACCGAAGUGUUGUCUUCCUAUUUCUUCAAAGCUGUCUUUAUAUUGAAAUUUUUUGCCAUGAGUUUUCUUUUCAGGCACAACCGGAUGUAAAGAACAUUGAAACUGCAGUUCUUUCUCUACUUGAUGAUUUCUUAGUUAAAAAAGUACGCUUAGAAGAUAUAUUGAUCAAAUUUCAAGAAGCACAAGGUAUAAAGGAACUCAACAGUGUUAAUUUGGCAGCCUAUUUAGUAAAGUAUGCGAAUGAUGUAAACAUUGGAAAAGUCCCGUGGCAGUCACUGAUUACGUUGAUUCAGAAAGGAAAGAGUCUAGCUGGAAAUUUGGUUGAAUUGAUAAAUCAGCUGUGUGCAGAGAACCAGUGGAAAGAUCUUGGUGUUGAAUUUUAUAGGCAAUUAUGCAUUUCUUUUGUUCGGUGCAAUCAAGUGUUUGUUGCUAGUAGACACCUAAACGUUGGUUGUUGUCUUAUCCUGACCGCAAGCGCACUUUCGAUGGACAGCGAGAGUGUAGACACUCUUUCAGAAGUGAAGACCUUGCUAAUGGAACUUUUAAGAUAUACCAUUAGCUCCCAUCCUUCCGAGUCAGUUGUUCCUUUGCUGUGUCUUGCUUCGAAAUUUGUCCCUGAUUUUAUUAAAGAUUUCUUUUAUGAGACAAAGGAAGAUGACAAGUUAUUUUGCGACUUAAUUUCAGUUCACUUAAGUUCUAAGCAAGAUUAUUUGGCAAUAUUCAAAUCUCUUUGGAAGUCAUCGGCUAGUCAGUUAUUAAGUUUGAGUGUUGUUGAUACCGAGCGCUUUCACUCGAUGCUCUCUCGAAAGAAGGAGGAAGUUUUAAAUAUUGUUCAUGGCGUUGAUGUGGAAAGGAAGGAGGUAUUGCCGCCACUGAAGACUGCCGUUUCUUCAUUUGUUUCGUUGUAUACUAUUGCUGAUGUUUCGCUGUUUCCUGAAAAAACUGAUUAUGCCCUGAACUUUCUUUCGCAAUCGCUCUCUUUUUUUUCGGGAAAGGAGGGUCUCUAUUCACAAGCAAAUGUGAGCAGCAGUGACAGGGAUGUGAAUGCACUUAUUUUAUGCUCAUAUAUUAUAAUCUCCCUACGCACAACACAGCGGCUAAGCAGUGUUUUUAAUUUGUCACUGCAAAACUUGGCUACAUGUGCUUAUCAGAUACAUCAAAAUUUAGAUUUGGGAUCUUCGAAGAUGAUGAGGUUUGGGAGCUUUAGUGAAGCUGCCGAGUUUGUGAGUGCAACAGGUUGUUUUUGGCUCGACCCUGAGACGGGUCAUUUUGCUGCAAAGAGCAGCGACUCGAACUUUUUGGCAAACUUUCCUGAAGAAUCCUGUCGGUUUUGGAAGUUGCAGAUGGAUGAGACGGAGCACUGGAAAAUUUGGAUGGAAUAUGCUCUGAAAAUGCAACAGAAAGUAGAUAUUUUACUUGUGGUCCCUGAAAUCAAUCAAGUGGCUUUGGCGUAUGAUACACUGAUUGUGUCUAAACAUUAA